AUGAAUACCGAGGAAAGACUCAAGGAACUUGGCAUCGAACUGCCGUCGCCACAGUCGCCUGCGGCGAACUACGUCCCGGCUGUCCGAACGGGCAACCUUCUCUAUCUGGCGGGCGUCGGGCCGGCCAAGGGAGCCGACGGCACGAUCCCGAGCGGCAAGGUCGGUGCGGAACUGACGAAGGAAGAGGGCUACGAGGCGGCGAGGCUGGUGUGCCUGAACAUCCUCUCGCGAUUGAGGGCAGAGCUCGGUGACCUCGACCGCGUGGUGCGGGUUGUCAAGCUGCUGGGGAUGGUCAACGCCACCGAGGACUUCACCGAGCACCCUGCCGUCAUCAACGGAUGCUCCGACCUGCUCGUCGAGGUAUUCGGUGAGCGGGGCAAGCACGCGCGCUCAGCAGUGGGAAUGCAGAGUCUGCCGUUCGGCAUACCUGUAGAGAUAGAGGCGAUUGUCGAGGUAGCCGACUAG